GUAAUACAUCAAUAUUGCAUGCAGUUUGAUUUUUCUAUUUACCAUCUGAAAAUAGAAGAUUAUGUUAAAGAAUCAUAUGCGCGAUCAGUACUUUCUGUCAGUUGGUGGUUUCUCUUUGUUAUCAACAUUAGGCUUGCCCUCUUUAUCGCAAGUCUGAUUAUUUGCUUGCAUUUGAAUGAUAUCAAAUAAAGUUAACCUUAUAGGAAAUUCAAUAGAUUUGGCAAUAAUAUUGUAAAAUAAAUAUGGAUGAUGACGAUCAAUUUCAAUCAGGUUAUGAUGUUGAUUCAUUUCCAAAGGACUUUGGAUAUGCUCCCUUCGAUGGGGAAGUUGAAGUAUCUACGGAUCCUUUAGCAGGAGAACAAAAACCUAGAAUACUUUUAAUGGGUCUUAGAAGAAGCGGAAAGUCAUCUAUACAAAAAGUAGUUUUUCACAAAAUGUCCCCAAACGAAACAUUAUUCUUGGAAAGUACAAACAAAGUAAUCAAAGAUGAUAUAAGUAAUUCUAGUUUUGUUCAAUUUCAAAUCUGGGAUUUUCCUGGACAAAUUGAUUUCUUUGAUCCUACUUUUGAUAGUGAUAUGAUAUUCGGAGGUUGUGGUGCAUUAGUCUUUGUAAUAGAUGCGCAGGAUGAUUAUAUGGAAGCUCUGAAUAAACUUCAUUUGACAGUUACUAAAGCAUAUAAGGUCAAUCAAGCUAUUAAAUUUGAAGUUUUCAUUCAUAAAGUUGAUGGAUUAUCUGAUGAUUGUAAAAUGGAAACGCAAAGGGACAUACACACCAGGGCUAACGAUGAUUUAGCAGAUUCUGGAUGCGAUCAGAUACAUCUUAGUUUUCAUUUAACAUCUAUAUAUGAUCAUAGCAUAUUCGAGGCCUUCAGUAAAGUCGUUCAAAAAUUAAUACCACAAUUACCAACAUUGGAAAAUUUAUUAAAUAUACUUAUAUCGAAUUCUGCAAUUGAGAAAGCGUUUCUGUUCGAUGUGGUGUCCAAAAUUUAUAUCGCAACGGACAGUUCUCCUGUAGAUAUGCAAAGUUACGAACUUUGCUGCGAUAUGAUUGAUGUAGUUAUCGAUGUCUCUUGCAUAUAUGGAUUGAGAGAAGACUUGGAAGCAGCGGCAUUUGAUAAUCAAAGUUCUAGUUUAAUUAAAUUAAAUAACGGCACGAUUUUAUUCUUGCGCGAAGUGAAUAAAUUUUUAGCCUUGGUUUGCAUUUUGAGAGAGGAUAAUUUUGACAGACAAGGUGUCAUAGAUUAUAAUUUCUUAUGCUUUCGCAAAGCAAUACAACAAGUAUUUGAAUUGCGCAAUAAAGCAUUAGCUGCUACUAGUGUAAAUAAUCACUCUACGUCUCCUGUUAGCAUUAAUGAAUCUUCAAACUUAUCAGUAGUAUCACAAGGUGGAAUGAUCGGACAAAAUGGUGUUAUAGCGCUUACGCAAAGUUAACUAGGUUUUUCUCAUUGCGAGCUUUACCCGCAACUAGAGUAUUUUUACUUUUAAAUAUAUUCAUUUUAUUUUAGUAAUCUAUCAUUGUGUACAUCUUCGAUCAUGUAUAAUUUUAUAUAAAUAGCUAAGGAUAUUCCGUAAUAAUAUUAGUUAAACAAUUAAAUCUAAACUUUCAUUAACUUUUAUUUUGUUAAGUUUUAAUAUGUAUCUAUAUACUUUAAAUUUACGAUAAAAUUAACUUUAUGUAUUUCUUUGUAAAUGGCUCUUUAUCACAUAUCUACGGCGUUAUAAUUCGAAAUCUCUUUUAACUUUAUUAAUGACCAAAUUUUUUCUGUCGCAGAAAAUGCAAACCUUAAUAAUUUUUAUAAAGCAUGAAAUUUGAAUAAACAUUCUCAAUUUCAAAAUUGAAUUCACAUUUUCUGCCAUUGGAAUGGGGUUAUUAAAUUUUGUUUAUUAAGAAAUUUUUUCGUAUCGUAUAUCGAUUUAUAACGCAUACGAUCAAACAAUUCGUAUUACGCGUAUACAUUAAUAUUAUUAUGUGUACUAUGUAUAAUACAAAUGAAUAAUAUUUCAUUUACACGUCGUUAUAAAAUCGCGCCUAAAUACCGAUAGUUAAUUGGUCAAAAUUUGAAAUGAUUGAAUGUCUUCAAAUGAUUGGUUCUUUAAAAUAUCGAAUUAUCGCAAUCUCAUACGAAUGAUACUUCAUACUUAACAUUCAAAUGUGUAAAUUAUAUCUUGAAAAAUAAGUAAAUUUAUUUAACAAAACACACUAAAUAUUAAUUGUCUUAUACAAAUUAAAUACAUUAUAUUUUAUUGACAAAUGAAUACUUACAUUUGUAAUAAAUGUUAUUCUACGAAAAACAGAAGAAAGAAACCAUUUAGAAUAACUCAAUGUGGGCAUAUAUUCUGUGAUAAUUGUUUAGACGAAGGUAAUCAUGUUAAAAAAAGCAUACACUGAUAAUAUCUUUUUAUUACAAAUGAAUGUGCUUUCUUUAAUUGUAAAUAUAUAUAUGUAUAUGUAUAUACAUUAUUAUUACUGUAGGUUUGAGACCUUGUUCAAGAUGUAAUAAUGGGGAUGUAGCAUCGUUGCAA